AUGCUAAUGUCUCUAUUCCUAAGCAAUUUGUUCAUCUCAGUGAUAAGGAUAGUGGCGUCUCCGUACGCGAAGAAGCUAGCGAAGGAGUUGAAGGUUGAGUUAGGGAGAGUGGUGGGGACUGGGCCAUUGGGGAGGAUUGUGGCUAAGGAUGUCGAGGCGGCUGCAGCUGAGGCUGCCACUCCGGUGGCUGCUUCUCCUUCUGGUGGGGCGGCCGCUAAGACAGCAGCUGCGGCGGCAGGGAUUGCAUUGGGAAGUGUGGUGCCAUUCACGACAAUGCAGGGUGCUGUGAGUAGGAACAUGGUGGAGAGUUUGAGUGUUCCUACUUUUAGAGUUGGUUACACUAUUACUACUGAUGCUCUUGAUGCUUUGUACAAGAAGAUCAAGUCCAAGGGAGUGACAAUGACAGCAUUGCUUGCAAAGGCGACAGCACUUGCAUUGGUUAAACAUCCUGUUGUGAAUUCUAGUUGUAGAGAUGGUAAUAGCUUUACGUAUAAUAGUAGCAUCAACAUUGCUGUUGCUGUGGCUAUAGAUGGCGGCUUGAUUACGCCAGUGCUUCAAGAUGCUGAUAAGGCUGACAUUUACACAUUGUCGAGAAAGUGGAAAGAGUUAGUUGAUAAGGCCCGUGCCAAGCAGCUGCAACCUCAUGAAUACAAUACAGGAACUUUCACUCUUUCUAACCUUGGAAUGUUUGGCGUGGAUCGCUUUGAUGCCAUUCUACCACCUGGAACAGGUGCGAUAAUGGCUGUUGGAGCGUCUGAGCCCACCGUUGUCGCAACCAAGGAUGGUAGGAUCGGCAUGAAGAACCAGAUGCAGGUAAAUGUCACAGCUGAUCAUCGUGUAAUAUACGGCGCUGAUCUUGCUCAAUUCUUGCAAACCCUGGCAAAGAUUAUCGAGGAUCCCAAAGAUCUUACAUUCUAGUUGAACAUCUCCAUCACAAAUGAGUUCUUCCCUUUUCAAUUGUUGGAUAUCUUCCUCCAUGUAUGUUCCCAAUGCUCAUUUUUUCUGGUCAUUGAUACGCGAUCUUGAUGGUGUAGAAUCAUAUACUGAAAAUUGUGGGAUCUAAUCACUGUGUUCAAAACCCUAAAAAGAACAAGAGGAGAUUUUGAAGUGCCAUGUUUAUUUCUUAUUUUCAUUUAUUAACAGUGUUGAAAUUUUUUUUUCACUUUGAUACCAUCAACUCUUGGUUCUGUUGUGUUAUUAAAUUUAGGCUGUCAAUUGUUGUCAAAUCUUCUUCAUCAACUAGGUGAAGCAUUAAUAUACUUGUCAAGUUUUUGGAUUUAUUGUUCA